UUCCGCGGGCGCGUGCGCAGUGGCGGGCCAGGCGCGUGCGCAGCGCCGGCUUCUUCCUAGCGCGAGCUGCGGCUCACGCUCCUCCUCCAGCUUCCCACCCCCGCCUGCCCGCCGCGGCCCGGUACCAACGGGUGGUCUCGCCGAGGGAGCUGUCGUGCCUCGUGGUCCCGGGACUGCAGUGGUGUGCGCUCUCGGCGCGUGGCGCUAGGCGUGGCGCUAGGCAUGGCGAUGGAUCAAGUAAACGCGCUGUGCGAGCAGCUGGUGAAAGCGGUGACGGUCAUGAUGGACCCCAACUCCACCCAGCGCUACCGGCUGGAAGCCCUCAAGUUUUGUGAAGAGUUUAAAGAAAAGUGUCCUAUCUGUGUCCCCUGUGGCUUGAGGUUGGCUGAGAAAACACAAAUUGCCAUCGUCAGACAUUUUGGCCUUCAGAUCCUGGAACACGUUGUCAAGUUUCGGUGGAACGGCAUGUCUCGAUUGGAGAAGGUGUAUCUGAAGAACAGUGUCAUGGAGCUGAUUGCAAAUGGAACAUUGAACAUGUUGGAAGAGGAGAACCAUAUUAAAGAUGCUCUGUCUCGAAUUGUAGUGGAAAUGAUCAAGCGAGAGUGGCCACAGCAUUGGCCUGACAUGCUAAUAGAAUUGGACACUCUUUCCAAACAAGGGGAAACACAGACAGAAUUGGUGAUGUUUAUCCUUUUGCGACUGGCAGAGGAUGUAGUAACUUUUCAGACACUUCCCCCUCAAAGAAGAAGGGACAUCCAGCAAACAUUAACCCAGAACAUGGAAAGAAUCUUCAGUUUUCUGCUUAACACACUUCAAGAAAAUGUAAACAAGUAUCAGCAAGUGAAGACAGAUACUUCUCAGGAGUCAAAGGCGCAAGCAAACUGUCGAGUAGGAGUUGCAGCAUUGAAUACUCUAGCAGGCUAUAUUGACUGGGUGUCUAUGAGUCACAUCACUGCUGAAAACUGUAAACUCCUGGAGAUACUGUGUUUGCUGUUGAAUGAACAGGAACUUCAGUUGGGAGCCGCUGAGUGUCUUCUCAUUGCAGUCAGCAGAAAAGGCAAGUUGGAAGACCGGAAGCCCUUGAUGGUCUUAUUUGGAGAUGUUGCCAUGCAUUAUAUACUCUCCGCUGCACAGACUGCUGAUGGAGGAGGUUUGGUAGAAAAACACUAUGUCUUUCUGAAGAGGCUCUGUCAGGUGUUGUGUGCGCUGGGCAAUCAGCUGUGUGCAUUGCUGGGUGCAGAUUCUGAUGUAGAAACACCAUCAAACUUUGGAAAAUACCUGGAAUCUUUUCUUGCUUUCACAACCCAUCCAAGUCAGUUUCUACGCUCUUCAACUCAGAUGACUUGGGGAGCCCUCUUCAGGCAUGAAAUCCUGUCCCGUGAUCCUUUGCUAUUAGCAAUAAUACCAAAAUAUCUUCGUGCUUCCAUGACUAACUUGGUCAAGAUGGGCUUUCCUUCUAAAACAGACAGCCCUAGCUGUGAAUAUUCUCGGUUUGAUUUUGAUAGCGAUGAGGACUUCAAUGCUUUCUUCAACUCCUCCCGAGCCCAACAAGGAGAGGUGAUGAGGUUGGCAUGUCGUUUGGAUCCCAAAACUAGCUUCCAGAUGGCUGGGGAGUGGCUAAAGUAUCAACUAUCAACUUUUCUUGAUGCUGGUUCUGUGAAUUCUUGUUCUGCAGUUGGAACUGGAGAAGGAAGCCUCUGUUCCGUCUUCUCACCUUCAUUUGUGCAGUGGGAAGCCAUGACUCUUUUUUUGGAAAGUGUUAUCACCCAGAUGUUUCGAACACUAGAUAGAGAAGAAAUUCCUGUUAAUGAUGGAAUAGAGCUAUUGCAGAUGGUUCUGAACUUUGAUACCAAGGAUCCUCUCAUCCUGUCCUGCGUCCUUACUAAUGUCUCUGCGCUUUUUCCAUUUGUCACCUACAGACCAGAGUUCCUGCCCCAGGUCUUCUCUAAGCUAUUUUCAUCUGUCACUUUUGAAACUGUUGAAGAAAGUAAGGCCCCCAGAACCCGGGCAGUGAGGAACGUGAGGAGGCAUGCUUGUUCCUCCAUCAUCAAGAUGUGUCGUGACUACCCCCAGCUUGUGCUGCCCAAUUUUGACAUGCUUUAUAACCAUGUGAAGCAACUCCUCUCCAAUGAGCUACUCCUGACACAAAUGGAGAAGUGUGCCCUCAUGGAAGCCCUGGUUCUCAUUAGCAACCAAUUUAAGAACUAUGAGCGUCAGAAGGUGUUCCUAGAGGAGCUGAUGGCACCAGUGGCCAGCAUCUGGCUUUCUCAAGACAUGCACAGAGUGCUGUCAGAUGUUGAUGCUUUCAUUGCGUAUGUGGGUACAGAUCAGAAGAGCUGUGACCCAGGCCUGGAGGAUCCCUGUGGCUUAAACCGUGCACGAAUGAGCUUUUGUGUAUACAGCAUUCUAGGUGUUGUGAAACGAACUUGCUGGCCCACUGACCUAGAAGAGGCCAAAGCUGGGGGAUUUGUGGUGGGUUAUACAUCCAGUGGAAAUCCAGUCUUCCGUAACCCCUGCACAGAGCAGAUUCUGAAACUUCUUGACAAUUUGCUUGCGCUUAUACGAACCCACAAUACAUUAUAUGCACCAGAAAUGCUAGCCAAAAUGGCAGAGCCUUUCACCAAGGCUCUGGAUAUGCUUGAUGCGGAAAAAUCUGCUAUAUUAGGAUUACCUCAACCUCUCUUGGAACUCAAUGACUCUCCUGUCUUCAAAACCGUCUUGGAAAGAAUGCAGCGUUUCUUCUCCACCCUCUAUGAAAACUGUUUUCAUAUCCUAGGGAAGGCAGGCCCUUCCAUGCAGCAAGACUUCUAUACUGUGGAGGACCUUGCUACCCAGCUUCUCAGCUCAGCCUUUGUCAACUUGAACAAUAUUCCUGACUACCGACUCAGACCCAUGCUUCGGGUCUUUGUAAAGCCUCUGGUGCUCUUCUGUCCCCCAGAGCACUAUGAAGCCCUGGUAUCCCCCAUCCUUGGACCUCUUUUCACCUACCUCCAUAUGAGGCUUUCUCAGAAAUGGCAAGUUAUCAACCAAAGGAGCCUGCUGUGUGGAGAAGAUGAGACUGCAGAUGAAAACCCAGAGUCUCAAGAGAUGCUGGAGGAGCAACUGGUGAGGAUGUUAACCCGAGAAGUCAUGGACCUAAUCACGGUUUGCUGUGUUUCAAAGAAGGGUGCUGACCACAGUGGUGCUCCCCCAGCAGAUGGAGACGAUGAAGAAAUGAUGGCCACAGAGGUCACCCCCUCAGCUAUGGCAGAGCUUACAGACCUGGGCAAAUGUCUGAUGAAGCAUGAGGAUGUUUGUACAGCGCUAUUAAUUACAGCCUUCAAUUCCCUGGCCUGGAAAGAUACUCUGUCCUGCCAGAGGACGACCUCACAGCUCUGCUGGCCUCUCCUCAAACAAGUGCUGUCAGGGACACUGCUCGCAGAUGCAGUUACGUGGCUUUUCACCAGUGUGCUGAAAGGCUUACAGAUGCACGGGCAGCACGACGGAUGCAUGGCUUCCCUGGUCCAUCUGGCCUUCCAGAUAUACGAGGCGCUGCGCCCCAGGUACCUGGAGAUAAGAGCUGUAAUGGAGCAAAUCCCUGAAAUACAGAAGGACUCACUGGACCAGUUUGACUGCAAGCUUUUAAACCCCUCCCUGCAGAAAGUGGCUGACAAGCGCCGAAAGGACCAAUUCAAACGCCUCAUUGCUGGUUGCAUUGGGAAACCCUUGGGAGAGCAAUUCCGAAAAGAAGUUCACAUUAAGAAUCUUCCCUCACUUUUCAAAAAAACAAAGCCAAUGCUGGAGACGGAGGUGCUGGACAAUGAUGGGGGUGGCCUGGCCACCAUCUUUGAACCCUGAAUCAAGCUUUUGGGCAUCCUUCCUCGGCCUUUCUUGUCAUCUCUUCUUUCCCUUUGUAGCUAAUCUCUAGGCCCUUCUUGCACUGCCACCUCACUUUCCACCAUUGUCAGCCUGGAGAGAGAUCCAGGUCUGGAGCUGGAGAGAACAGGCCCUGUGCAGGACCAUAAGUAAUUAUACUAAAGUAUCAAGAAAGGGAGUUAGGGCUUAAACUAUUCUGUCUAGAUGUUCCAGAUAGUUCCCAUUCUACUUGGAGAUUUGGCUUUUCCAAGAAAAGCUAGAGCAGAGCAGUCCUUCUCCCACAAGCCCUCCCACCCCUGUGCAGCCACAUAACCUGUACAGAAUGGUAACUAAGGGUGCUGUGCCCAACACUGCAACUAGCAAGGCUCGCAGCAAGAGCACAGCCCUCAACUACUUGUGCCAGAGUUUUUCUUGGACCACUCCAACUCCCACUGAGCCCUUUUGCUGCUGGGCUGGCAGGAAACUUUCCCCACUCCCUGAGGGGCAUGUCUGGGUUAGGUGCUAAGUGCUGAAGAGAACUUGGCCAGUUCUCUCAACUUUGCUUUGGGCAAGAAUCUGGUCACCUGAUGGGACCCAUGGUACAGGCUACUGCUAAACUUGGCACAGUAUCAAGUAUAGUACCUCCAAGGACCAGGGCUGGGCAAUCUUUAGUGCUAACACCCCCUUUAGAGUUCACACAUCUUGCCCUUCCAUGAAUGACCCCUCAGUCUGGCCUCCCCAGCCUCAAGGUCCACUCAGGCACAAGAGCCACAGUACCCUAGAUAGUGUCACAUGACACCAUUGUCAUACAAGGAUAAUACAGACCAACUAGGCUACAUCUGUGAUAAGCAGCUAGCAAAGCCACUGGUCUUCUCCUAGGACUAAGUCCAGGUGCCUUCCACAAUCUCAUGGUCUUUCAGGUCCCUGGUUACUUUUCUCAAAGGCCAUUUCCAAAAGAAAAUACAUGCCUUCGCAUCACAACCUGUACUGUGAGUCCAUUCUAGAGGUCACUGAAAGGCCCUGUAAACAGGACAUGGAUACAGGACCUGGCCCUGAGGUUAUUACUGGCCAUAAGGCAGACUUAGUCCAUACAGAAAUCAGUGUGUCCAUUUGCUCUGCACAAAAACAGACCUGUUGUCCAUCCAGUCCACUGACAAGAGGGUUUCCCCAAGAGCCGAAGUGGACUGAAGCUACAGUUUUUAGCUGGUGUGGGCCACAGGCAGGGUCAGAUUGAGAAGAGGCAAAGCUGGGGAAGCAGAAGUUGGAGUCUUGUGUUGCUCCCUCUUCCUGUGUGGUGCUCUGGGUUUCUGUGGAUUGUGGAGGCGAUCUCAAGAGUGUUUCCCUCCAAACCUGAUAGCUGCCUAUUCCUGUCUGGUUGGGGCUGUGGAGGGUGUAGUUGUAUUUAUUGCGUUGUAAUAUUUUUAACAUCCUGUGACUUCAUGCUAGAAAUUUUCUAUUGUUUAUAGAAACUUUUUGUAGAAACAUUAACUCUAAAGCACAUCUGCAUGUCAGUAAAAAUCUCAGUUUCGUACAGAAA